CGUAUCUCCUCUGUUGGAAUAAAUAAGAGUCUUCUAAAUGUCUUAAAUUUAUUUAUUCUAAGAUCUCUCUCUGAGCGUCGUUCCUGGAUUUCAUCAUUAUUCUAUGAAGAUCGUUCACAGGGACCUCGUCCCCAAUGGACCCGGUAGCGUCAAGAUGAUUCCAGAGGAAGUUGAUGAUCUAUGGCACUCUUACAACCUGGUGUCCCCGGGCGACAGCGUCUUAGCAGUUACUGUCAGGAAAGUUAUGAGAGAUGGGGCUUCUGGAGGAAGGGAUGCUGAACGUGUGAAGCUCAAACUGGAAAUUAAAGUUCAGGCUGUAGAUUAUGACAAAGAGGGGUCUGUACUACGCAUACGUGGUAAGAAUAUCCUGGAGAAUGAGCAUGUAAAGAUUGGGCAAUUCCAUACCUUGGAAAUUGAGCAGCAUCGACCUUUUGUGUUGAGGAAAGCAGUUUGGGACUCGUUGGCGCUGGAUAUACUCCAACAAGCUUGUGAUCCUGCUGCAAGUGCUGAUCUCGCAGUAGUUCUUAUGCAAGAAGGGCUAGCACACAUAUUUCUCAUUGGCAAAAGCAUAACAACAACUCGUUCUCGGAUUGAGGCUUCGAUCCCUCGCAAGCACGGACCUGCGAUUGCUGGUUAUGAGACGGCCUUAAAUAAGUUCUUUGAGAAUGUUUUGCAGGCUUUUCUGAAGCACAUCGACUUCAAGAUCGUUCGUUGUGCUGUAAUUGCAAGCCCAGGUUUUACAAAGGAUCAAUUCCAUGGUUACUUGCUACUGGAGGCAGAGCGACGGGAGUUGAGAUCUAUCAUUGAGAACAAAUCACGUCUAAUUCUUGCACAUGCAACCUCAGGAUACAAGCAUAGUUUGAGGGAGGUUUUGGAUGCCCCAAAUGUCAUGACUUUGAUAAAGGAUACAAAAGCGGCACAAGAGGUCCGAGCUCUGAAGGUUUUUUUCGAUAUGCUUUCAAAUGACACAGCUCGUGCUUGCUAUGGCCCUAAGCACGUUGAAGUUGCCCAUGAGAGAAUGGCAAUCCAGACUCUUUUAAUCACUGAUGAUCUUUUUAGGAAUUCUGAUAUACCGACAAGGCAAAAAUACAUUAAGUUUGUAGACUCAGUCAAGUCUUCUGGGGGCACUGCACACAUAUUUUCCACAAUGCAUGCAUCUGGAGAGCAACUCGCGCAGCUGACAGGCAUUGCAGCUAUUCUGCGAUUUCCACUGCCAGACCUGGAAGACAUUGAGAUGUGAUCACCUAGUCUUUGCAGCGGGAGAGGGGUGAUCAUAACACACACGAUCCAUCAUUUUCAUCAGCGGCUGUAAUUUUAUACAUCAAUGUCUUUAGAUUUGGAACAUAUCUUGGUGGAUAGAUAGAAGACAGGACUCAUUCAGCAGCUUGUAUGUUGAUAAAUUAUAAUAUUUGCAUAUAUGUCGAAAUUUUCAUCUUUGUAGUUGAUGCACUCCGUGAGUUGGGUUGUCUAUCGAAACAAUCCUGCAAGAAUUUGUUUGUGCAGUCGGGCGAC